CCAGAGUAUGCGCCGUAGCUUCAUUCGUUCGGCGACAAUGGCGGCAGACCUUGAUCAGUUUCAACAGCUUUUAAACACACUUCUUAGCACAGAUAACGAUGCCAGAACACAAGCAGAGGAGGCAUAUAAUAAUCUACCAGUGGAAAGUAAGGUGACAUUUCUUUUAACAUCAUUGUGCAAUGCCACCCUUAUGGAAGAGAUGCGAGCUAUGGCUGCUGUAUUAUUACGUCGACUGUUUUCAUCUGAGUUCAUGGAUUUUUAUCCAAAAAUUCCACCAGAAGCACAAGUUCAGUUGAAAGAACAAAUUCUAUUAUCUGUUCAGAAUGAACAAACAGAAACUAUUCGACGUAAAGUAUGUGAGGUUGCAGCUGAAGUUGCCCGAAAUUUAAUUGAUGAAGAUGGUAAUAAUCAGUGGCCAGAAUUUUUGCAGUUCCUAUUCCAAUGUUCUAAUAGUCCUUUGCCGGCACUGAAAGAAAGUGCUCUUCGAAUGUUCAUAUCCGUCCCAGGCGUUUUUGGAAAUCAACAAGCAAAUUAUCUCGAUCUUAUUAAACAAAUGUUGCAGCAGUCUGUCAUGGAUUCUACAAAUUACGAGGUCAGAUUUCAAGCUGUAAGAGCAAUUGGAGCCUUUAUCAUUUUGCAUGAUAAAGAAGUCAAUAUACAGAAACACUUCUCAGAAUUGCUACCUGCGGUUGUACAAGUAACUGCUCAAUCAGUAGAAAAGCAAACAGAUGAUGCUCUCUUAAAAGUUCUAAUCGAUUUGGCAGGAUCAACUCCUAAAUUUCUCAGAUUACAAUUAGAAAACAUAAUGGAAAUGUGUAUGAAAAUAUUUUCUAAUGAAGAAAUGCCAGACUCUUGGAGACAAUUGGCAUUAGAAGUGUUAGUAACAUUAUCAGAAACUGCUCCUGCAAUGGUACGCAAAGUAGGUGGAAAGUAUAUAAUAUCUUUAGUACCAUUAGUACUAAAAAUGAUGACAGAUAUAGAAGAAGAUAAAAACUGGAGUUUUGCUGAUGAAAUUGUUGAGGAUGAUAAUGACAGCAACACUGUUGUUGCUGAAAGUGCUUUAGACAGAUUAGCAUGCGGUUUAGGUGGUAAAACAAUGCUGCCACAAAUUGUACAGAAUAUACCUGCAAUGUUGAGUAAUAGUGAUUGGAGAUAUAGACAUGCUGCUCUUAUGGCAAUCUCUGCGGUAGGAGAAGGUUGUCAUAAACAAAUGGAAGCGAUAUUACCUCAAAUCAUGGAUGGUGUCAUUCAAUAUUUACAAGAUCCUCAUCCUCGUGUAAGAUAUGCUGCUUGCAAUGCAGUAGGUCAAAUGUCAGCUGAUUUUGCACCAAUAUUUGAAAAGAAAUUCCACAAUAAAGUUAUUCCCGGAUUGCUAAUGGUUUUGGAUGAUAAUGCCAAUCCAAGGGUUCAAGCUCAUGCAGGUGCGGCUCUUGUGAAUUUCAGUGAAGAUUGUCCAAAACACAUAUUAACACCAUAUUUGGAUGCUAUUAUGGCUAAAUUAGAAUCAAUACUAACCGCUAAAUUCCAAGAAUUAGUCGAAAAAGGAACGAAACUUGUUCUUGAACAAGUUGUUACGACCAUCGCGUCGGUAGCUGAUACUUGUGAAGAACAAUUUGUAACAUAUUAUGAUAGAUUAAUGCCAUGCUUAAAAUACAUCAUACAAAAUGCAAAUCAGCCAGAACACAAAAUGCUUCGGGGCAAAACUAUUGAAUGCGUGAGUCUCAUAGGACUUGCAGUAGGACCGGAAAAGUUUAUUGCAGAUGCCAGUGAAGUUAUGGACAUGUUAUUAAAAACACAUUCAGAAGGAGACCUUCCAGAUGACGAUCCACAAACUAGUUAUUUGAUAUCUGCUUGGGCUCGAAUUUGCAAAAUUCUUGGUAAACAGUUCGAACAAUAUUUACCACUGGUAAUGGGUCCAGUUUUACGUACAGCAGCAAUGAAACCUGAGGUUGCUCUACUCGAUAACGAGGACAUGGAAGGUAUAGAAGAUUUGGAUUGGGAAUUUGUAUCCCUUGGAGAACAACAAAACUUCGGAAUUAAAACAGCUGGACUGGAAGAUAAGGCUUCUGCCUGUGAAAUGUUAGUUUGUUACGCACGAGAGUUGAAAGAAGGUUUUGCAGAUUAUGCCGAAGAAGUAGUGCGACUAAUGGUUCCUAUGUUGAAGUUCUACUUCCAUGAUGGUGUUAGAACAGCAGCCGCUGCGAGUUUGCCAUACCUUCUCGAUUGUGCAAAGAUAAAAGGGCCGCAAUACCUUGAAGGAAUGUGGGCAUACAUUUGUCCAGACCUCUUAAAAGCAAUUGACACAGAACCAGAAUCUGAAGUCCUGCUGGAAUUAUUAUAUUCUUUAGCUAAAUGUAUCGAAACCCUCGGUACAGGUUGUUUAGGAGCGCAACCUAUGGCUGAACUUUUACGUAUAUUAGAUAAAUUACUUAACAAACAUUUUGAAAGAGCAGUGGCUAGAUUGGAAAAACGUAAAGAUGAAGAUUACGAUGAGGUGGUAGAAGAACAACUCGCCGAUGAAGACGAUGAAGAUGUAUAUACACUCAGUAAAAUAGCAGACAUUUUACAUGCUUUAUUUAUGACUCAUAAAUCAACAUUCUUCCCAUUUUUCGAUCAAAUUUGUGGACAUUUUGUAAAAUUAUUGAGUCCCGAAAGACCUUGGUCAGAUCACCAAUGGGCUUUGUGUGUUUUUGACGAUGUAAUCGAAUUUGGUGGACCCGAGUGUGCAAAAUAUCAAGAAUAUUUCCUUCGACCGAUGAUACAAUAUGUGUCAGAUAAAUCAGCAGAAGUUAGACAAGCUGCAGCUUAUGGUUGCGGAGUUUUGGGUCAAUAUGGAGGAGAAGCAUUUGCUCAAGCAUGUGCAGAAGCCCUACCUAGGUUAAUGGAAGUUAUAAGUGAUCAAGAAUCCAGAUCUAUAGAAAAUGUUAACCCUACUGAAAAUGCUAUUUCUGCAGUCACAAAAAUCCUCAAGUAUAAUCACAAAGCAAUUAACGUUGAUGAAAUACUUCCACAUUGGCUCUCUUGGUUACCAGUAGUAGAAGACGAAGAUGAAGCUCCCCACGUAUAUGGGUAUCUUUGCGAUUUAAUCGAAGCAAAUCAUGUAGCAGUUUUAGGUCCAAAUAAUGCAAAUCUACCUCGACUAAUAAGUUUCUUUGCUGAAGCACUUCACAAGGAUGCAGUACCUUCAGACAAUCCUGUUAUGGGCAGAAUUCUUAGUAUCGUUAGACAAAUACAGAACAACGAGUCUAUGUUCCAAGCAUGCAUAAAUGCAUUAACAGCAGAUCAGCAACAAGCAUUAUACGAAGCACUUAGUGCACAGCCUACUAAUUAGCCAUUUGUUUUUUAUCCCUGAACUUAAACGCCUUAAUAUAAAAGAGAAACACAUUUGCUUUAAUAAAGCUUAUCGUGAAAAUCACAAGACUUUAGGUAGCUACAUUAUACCUAUGGAACAUUUACUCCAGCCUAAUUAUAAAAAGAGACACUACUGUAUGUAAUAAUUUGACACGACGCGUAUAUUUGUUAAUUCUAUUUCACUAAUAAGUACAAUAAUUUUCCCGUUUUUUUUAUUAAUCGGAAUUGCAAAUUAAUGACUUGAAACUUACGUCAUCACCGCUUAAUCAGGUGUGAUACGUUGCGCAUAAGUCUAGGAGUGUAAACAUAAUUAAAACGUAUAAGCGAGUUCGCAUUGACGAAAAAUUUUUGAACCAAUUUUCCACUUGCAUCAUUCGUAACAGCGAUACAAUAACCAGAUGUACAUAUGUGAAUUUAUUUCCAACGCAGCAAAAUUAAUACAACAUUAUAUUUCCCGCCAUUGACAGCCGAACGAUGCUAAAUUUUUUUUAUACAGCUUUGUAAAUUGCAUAGUAUUUUUAAAUAUAAAUGAUAGCUUUGUUCCGCGAA